ACAACUUGUUGAAAAGACGUGUGUAGUCUAGAAAAACUUUGCUAGGACUAAUUUCCCCCGGCAGAGGAAUCGUGUGCAGAAUUUGCGCCCUAAUUUAGACGCUCCCUCCCACGGCGAGGACCUCUUUGGCUCUUGCCAAAUCUUCGCAGCCACAAGUGCAUGUACAUGAUUUUGCGCUCGCGGGGACGAGGCAAUUUUGACAGUUGCCAAAUUUAUUGUGGUCACGCAUAUUUCGACGACAAAAAGACGAAUAUUCUGCCGGAUUCCUCUGCGAUGGAGAAUCGUGUGGCGCUGAGAUUUGCACUGGUUGGACUCCAACUAUCUAUGAGGAUGUCGUGGGAGGAAGUAUGUUUUUGAGGACGGAACGUGAGGUAUGUCCAAAAUUAUUUUCCUACCUUUCACUUCGUUCGUUUAAAAUGAAAAAGUAAAAAUAAACGCAACACUGGACUACACACGUCUUUUUAACAAGUUGUUUUUUAUUUUUCACUAAUUUUGAUUUUCGCCCUAUGUUCACCGUAAAAUCAAUAGGGACAAAUUAAUAGCUUGGGCUACCUGUGGUGUACGCGCCUGUAUUCUGCCGUCUAGAUUUGAUAUCUUUCACUUUCUUUUUCAUAAGAUUUUGAUGUCGCAAUGGAGUUUGUACUGCAACUCUUAUUAGUUAUUCUUCUGUCAUGGCAACACGCCAUUGGCCACGACUGCAAGGACUACUUAUACUUGAUGCGAAGCUUUCAGCUGCAAGGAAACGUCAUCGAAACUAACCAGACUACCAAAUACGGUUGUCGACAGAGUUGUCAUAGCCACAAGGAUUGCUUAUCUAUCAACUACAAGGAAAAAGAGUAUCGAUGCGAGCUGAACGCAGCGACACACUUGUCACAUCCCCAAAUGUUAAGACCAGAAGCCAACGCAUUUUACGCGUUGAUUAAAACACCAAACCGCUGCAGUAAAAAGCAUUGUUCGAGUGAGAAAAGAUGUACUCUGGUAGGAAACAAGGUGGCAUAUCAGUGCAUUGAAGAUUGCCAGGAAAAGGCUCUAGGUAUGGAAUCGGGAGCUAUUGGAGACUCAGCGAUAACUGCCUCAAGUAUUAAUCAUGACCUGAAUUAUGUGCCUCGGUAUGCUCGCCUUAAUGCGCCAUCAUCUGCUAAUAAUGGAUGGAUAGCUGGGCCCAAAGCUGCAGACGAGUACCUUCAAGUUGACCUUGGACGUGUAGUAGCAGUCACCAAGGUUGCCACUCAAGGGAGACGGAACGCACCCAUGUGGAUGAAAACUUAUAACAUCGGCUACAGCACUGAUCUCUCCACCUGGCACGUCUACCGUGAGGGAGGAAACGCCCAGUCACCUCAUAAGGUGUUCACCGGCAACUCAGAUCAGCACACGGUUGUUUACGGGUCAUUUGAAGAACCCAUUCAUGCACGCGGCAUAUGAUUCAUCGCGCAGAGCUGGAAAUGGCACAUAUCUUUUCGAGUAGAAAUCUACGGCAGAUGUGACAUAUAAUAUGACUCUACACCACCUUGGAAAGGCAGAUAGACCAUGAUGCCAUGUAUGAAACAACUUGUUUUAGGCUACUUGCAUGAAUGCCAGUCAACUGGAGGCUACUUGCAUGAAUGCCUUUCAACUGGAGGCUACUUGCAUGAAUGCCGGUCAACUGGAGGCUACUUGCAUGAAUGCCAGUCAACU